CAUGUUCCGGAGAGGAGCUGUAAACAGACAGAGCCAGAGGGGGACCCCAGUUCCUGACCCAGCUCUGCUCUAGGGGGCAGACCCCCUGUUCCUCCAUGAGCCAGCCCUGACCGGGCAGCCACCCCCGCCAGGGCUCCGCCGGCCGCGAGGAUGCGGCCCGAGCGCGCCUUCCCCAGCCCUGUCACCGCCCUCCUGCUCCGGGCCUGUCUGCUGCUCCCCCCCACGGACGCCUACAUCCACGCGGUGACGGAUCACAACUCUAGCAUGGACUUCUCGGACCUGCCCGCCCUCUUCGGGGCCCUGCUGCCCAGGGAAGGACUUGUGGGCUACUUGGUGGAGGCCAGGCCCAGCAAUGCCUGUCAGCCUAUCGAGGGUCCCCCCAACUCCAGCAACGCCACCCGCUUCAUCGCGCUCAUCCGCAGAUACGAGUGCAACUUCGACAUCAAGGUGUGGCACGCGCAGCAGGCCGGGUUCGACGCCGCCGUGGUCCAUAACACGGGCUCCGACAAACUGCUCAGCAUGGCCUGGAAUGAUGAGAGGAUCCAGGAACAAAUCGCCAUCCCGUCAGUCUUCGUGGGGGAGACGGCCGCCGACUACCUGCGCUCCCUCUUCAGCUAUGAGAAGGGCGCUCACAUUAUCCUGAUCCCUGAGUACAUCUUCCCGCUGGGUUAUUAUCUCAUCCCCUUCACCGGCGUGGUCGGUAUCAUCAUCGCCGUGAUGUGCACCAUCCUGAUCGUUCGCUGCGUGCAGCACCGCAAGAGGCUGCUGCGGAACCGGCUCUCCAAGGAGCAGCUGAGGAAAAUCCCUGUCCACAAGUACAAGAAAGGGGACGAGUAUGACGUCUGUGCCAUCUGUCUGGAUGAGUACGAGGAGGGCGACCGGCUGCGGAUCCUGCCCUGUGCCCACGCCUAUCACUGCCGGUGUGUGGACCCCUGGCUGACGCAGACCAAGAAGACCUGCCCAGUGUGUAAGCAGCGCGUGCUGCGGACGGCCGAGGACUCGGACUCAGAGGGCGAGGGGCACCCGCCGGGCGAGGAGGAGGAGGAGGAGGAGGAAGAGCAGCGCCACUCGGAGCGGACCCCGCUGCUGGGCCCCUCCUCCGCCGCCGGCACCCCCUCCUUCGGCAGCAUGGCCGAGGCGCGGGGCCCGCCCUCCGGCGAGGAAGGCUCCGAGGAGGAGCAGGAGGGGUCCCUGGGUGCUCGCAAGGAGCAUGCCCCUGCGGGCCUGGCGGGCAGCAUCCUUGUCUGAGCCCCCGUAUGGGGCAGCUGCUUGGACUUCCAGGGGGGCCUCUACCCCCGAGCUUUCUUGGUAUUUUAAACCGUGCACAAAACAG